GGAUGUUUCCCUGCUGUAUUUCCGGUGUCACUGUUAUGGCUGUUUAAAGAGCACCGACUCUUUAAGAGACUGUCGCAAUUCUGGCUUCGUUCCUCUACUCCGCACGAUAGCAGGAGGCCGUUUGGGUUGGCUGGCCACCCCUGGACGUUGGGCCUGUACAACGCUGCGCUUUCUGGACAACCGGCUGUACAUUCGUCACACGACACCGGCCGCACAUGGAGGCCCACGGCUCUGGCCGACUGCUCCCCAGGAAGAGGCGCAAGGAGGAUUCGAAUGGCGAGGCAGAGGAGGGUGAGCGGCCUGGGAAGGUCUCUCGGUGCUCUGUGGGCCUUGCAGACCCUGCUCCGUUUUCAGAUGAGUUGGAGUCCGAUGAGUCCACACCAUACCUUCGUGUCAGUAUGGAAGAAGCCCAGAAAGGCACGCCACCGGAGAGGCCGGUGCGCGUGUAUGCCGAUGGGAUCUUUGACGUGUUCCACUCUGGCCAUGCUCGUGCACUGAUGCAGGCCAAGGGACUCUUUCCAAACACGUACCUCAUCGUGGGAGUGUGCAGUGAUGACUUGACACACAAGUUCAAGGGUUUCACAGUGAUGACUGAAGAUGAGCGAUACGAUGCGGUCAGCCACUGUCGCUAUGUGGAUGAGGUUGUCCGCAACGCACCCUGGACACUGACACCUGAGUUUCUCGCAGAACAUCGGAUCGACUUUGUGGCUCAUGAUGACAUCCCGUACUCCUCAGCGGGGAGUGACGACGUUUACAAGCACAUCAAGGAAGCUGGCAUGUUUGCACCAACACAGCGGACAGAGGGCAUCUCCACCUCUGACAUCAUCACGCGCAUUGUCCGCAACUAUGAUGUGUACGUGCGCCGUAAUCUACAGCGAGGGUACACUGCCAAGGAGCUUAACGUCAGUUUCAUCAAUGAGAAGAAGUAUCACCUGCAGGAACGGGUGGACAAGGUGAAGCGCAAAGUGCGCGACGUAGAGGAGAAGUCCAAGGAGUUUGUGCAGAAGGUGGAGGAGAAGAGCAUCGACCUCAUCCAGAAGUGGGAGGAAAAGUCCAGGGAAUUCAUUGGCAACUUCCUGCAGAUGUUUGGCCCAGAGGGGGCACUGAAGCACAUGCUGAAGGAGGGCCGGGGCCGCAUGCUUCAGGCCAUUAGCCCCCGGCAGAGCCCCAGCAGCAGCCCGGCCCGCGAGCGCUCCCCCUCCCCCACCUUCCGCCUCCCCUUCUUCAGCAGGACAUCCCCCCUCCACGGUGUCGCAACCACUGAUCCCAUCAGUGAGGAUGAGGAGGAUGAAGAGUAGGACCUUUAUGGUGGCCGCCUCGCUGGGACUCUCCUGCCCUCUGUUUUUCUGCCUGGUCGAUCGAGCCGGAGGAGCGUUUGCCAUCUUUAGGCGGAACUGCGAAAACCAGCCAGCUAGCCAGCCAGCCGCUGCGCUUUAAAGGAGCAAGAGAAACCGGUCUUUGUAUGAGUUGGCACAACCGGACUGUCCCACAGCCCUACAGUGGCAUGUGGAGGGACGAUACCAUUCCUCAGAAGCUGGUGGCCGGUGUGUGUCAAUGUUUGUAAAACGUUAUUUUUAAAGUCAUCUUUUAAACAUAUUAACCACUUAAAUCACAAGCCGCCAUUUAAGGGGUUCACGGAGAGGCCAGAGCAGCCACCUGCACUCAAACCCACACCUGCUCCACAUUCCCCACUACUAGCCCUGAGAAUCCACUGCUCUGCUCUUAUUUAUGGUUCGUUUGGUAGUAUAUUUUUUUGGGAUCCUCUUCUUGUCAUUUGGGCCCUAGGUUACUUGUCUUUCCUAAGGGUUUGGGGGUUUUAACUAAUUCCAAAUGCGGAUACAGGUGCAGCCUUUUAAAUUGUUUGUUACUUUUCAGAGGGAAAGAUCUUUAGAGUAAAUGCUUUAAUCUGCAGCUCCAAGCGAUCACAUGAGAAGAAAAUCAAAGCAAUAUAGUAUUAUGUAGGAACUGGGCAGUUGAAUCUGACUGGAUGAUUUUCUUGCUCCUGCUCGUAAGAUGAUGAUUUCUGAUCACACUGACCUUAAGCCGUGGAAAAGCAUGUUUAAUCCAACCACCAUAUCGCUUGUUUUCACACAGUCAGGAUUACUCAAAGUACCUGUCAUGCUGUUAGUCAUGUGACCUGUGCCUCCAAUUGCCUGGCUGGAAAUGUCUUGUUACAGCCAUCCAUCACUUUGAGCUGAGGUACAGAGCCAGUCUGCCUUUUAAAGUUAACCACACUAUGUAUAAGUUUUAUUCUCAACUCUGCUUUCGAUAUUUUCUGUAUAAUUACUGCCCAGAGGAUUUUCUUUUUCAAGAUCUCAAGAAACGAAUGUGGACCUAGAUCUUGAAUCACUUAGCUCUCGCCCUGCACCUCGUGUUGGCUGUGCUACCUGACGGACUUGAGCGGUACCUCAAGCGCUGGAGCACCAUUUCCUGUUUGCCGAAAGAUUCUGGUUGUGGGAACGUUUGUGCCCCUGAUGCAUGUCUGCAGUUCCUUUACUUUUUCUGGCAAGAAGGCUCUAUAUAAUUGUCAUUAACCAUUCUGUUCUGUGGGCCUAUCAUGUGUCCUGAGUUAAUAAAUUUACAUUUAAAAACAUG